AUGUUCAAUUAAAAAGGAAUAGCAUUUCAGAUAAGAGCUUAAAAUUUUUCUUAAAAGGUCGCAUCCAAAAAUAAUUUUAGAGCAACUACUAUAUUAACAAAAGCUGAUAGUAUUUACAUGAUUUAAGAAUUUUGCAAAAUAUAAGAAGAAAGAUAAUUGAUGUAUAUUGAUGAAAUAGGGAUCGGCAAAGAUUUGAUUGCACCUAGGGUUUGGUGUAACAAAAGAUAAAUUUUUAAUAUUUAUCUAUCAGAGAUUCUAACAAGAAUCAAUAUUAUUGGAGCAAUGAAUAGAGAGUUUAAAGAGCUAAAUUAGUUGAAAAUUUUAGAUAAAGCUUAUUCAAAUUUGUAAUAAAAAAUAUGGGCUAAGAAAUUAUGUAUUUCUAAUAGAUAAUGCUUCCGUUCAUAAAGAAAAUUUUUUUACUAGAGAUGCUUUAAAUUUGAAUAAUGUGUAUUUAUAACCAUGUUCACAACAGUUGAAUCCAAUUGA